CUAACCUAAUAUAUAUCAGCGAGACGCGGAGUCUCCAUAGUUAACCUCGAAUGCGAGAGUCGCAUCGAGCGACGCGUCGACAGGCACCGGCCGUUUGUUAUUGCUCGGCGUUGCAUACCUUUGCAUUAUUGAAUUAUUUCGAUAUCAAAUCAUGUCGACUGGUCAUUGUGUGUUGUUUUGCCAUUCCCCCCGACAGACCUUUCAUAAGAGGCUAAUGAAGAGGUCUAGUGAUAAUUAAGAUAUUCAUGAGAUGUACGUGUCCCUCUCACUUCCUCUCUCUCGAAAAUGUACAUAAAUUUUCCGCCGUUAAGUAUCGCUUCCACACGUGGUGCACGAUAUUGACGAGUGAUCGCUCGUCCUUGGACGAUCGCCACACGGCAGUAGGUACAUACUCGGAAGUCUGGGACCUAUGAACGAUUCGUCAGACGAUGCGUGACAUGCAUGUCUCAUCGCGCGUCUCGGAUGCAUAUAAUUAACGGAUUCAACGAUUGAUUUCUGUAUAUCUAUUCUCUAACUUCAUAACGACGAUGUCGUUAUCGUUAUACAGGUUUAUAAUAUCGAUACUCUAAGAUAUACGACAAGUCGUAUCCUGUAACUCGGAGAAGCGACGAAUGUCGUCAAAUGUAUAUAAAAUACCGAGUAAAAUACUGAAUAAAAUAUCGAAUAAAAUAGCGAAUUUUGUCAUUAAAUUAUCGAGGGGUAUAAGACCUCUCGAUAAAGAAUACGAUACGAAAAAAAGACGCACAUAUACGAGAUAUAUUCGUGCGCGCGAAAAUGUGUGAACGCGUCCGAGCGAAAUGAAGUAAAUAAAUCGUUCCCGACAGAACAGCGUAAAAAAAGUUGUGGAUUUUUUAAUAAAACCGGCAGUUCCUUUUUUUAUUUGCAUUUUAUACGUGCCGUGCGUUGCAACAUUAUUCGCUCGUUGUAGGAAUAUAUCGUCAUAUAUUGCGACACGUUGGAUCGGCGCCCAGUUUCUCCGAUGACGAUUUUAUCUGUAGUUUUUUGCUAGCAGUGCUUAUCUCUCUUCACGUGUGUAAGAUUUCGAUUAUGAUCUAAAGAAACGAGAUAGAGGAGAGGUUAUCUUAUGAUUACAUCAUUAAAUAGUUUCGUCGGACUUCGUUUAAUUAAAAUUGCAAAUAAAAGAUGGUACAAAGAAUUUUAUAAUUGACUUUUUUCUCUCGGCGUUCCAAUAUAUUUCAAAAUUGAGUUUUGAUGCAAUGCAUUUCUCCACAUCUUUUCUUGUAUCUUCCAGUGUCUCGGCAUUUAGCAAAGAUUUCAGCUGAAUGUAGCACUGUUGUAUAAUUAUGUUGCUACACAAUUUGACAAGAAUUCCGUAACAACAGCGUAAUAAUCGGAAAAGUUAUUACAAUUUGCUAGCGGAACUAAUGAUAACCGUGCGAUCAUUCAAUUAAGCUUGCAAGUGGUCUUGUUCACAUAACUUAAUAUUAGGCAAUUAACGUAAAUUUAAAAUAUCAAUUUUAUUCAAAUGUUAAAAUUGUUUAUCAUAAGUUUUAGUAAUAAUAAAUAAGCAAUAGCAAAAUUUCACCAGAGACAACGUAUUCAAAAAUUGCACUAUUUAUUUUUUUUUUAUUGUAUAAAAAAAGAGGGCCUUGGCAUCGCCAUCCGGCCAGCUUGCACUAUUCAAAAAUACGUGAUACUUGACGCGCCAUCUUAUUAUCGCGCAGAGAACUAUUACCUACUCAAUAUUUUUUGCAUUAUGGCGCGCAAAGUUUCGAGGAAAAUAUUCAUUCAGGCCCAAUUCCACAAAUUCGAGUUCAAUUGAACAUAUAUUAUCUACGUGACCAUUAAAUAAUAAUAAAUGUUAAUAAUAAUAAUCACAAUUAUUUUAUAUUAUUAAUUUCAUUGUGAAUUUCUUACAAUUGAUUUUUAUACGUUAUAAAAAUGUUAUGUUACUGUUUCGUUUUAUGAGAAAUUUCCUGCUGGAUCUGUUCGCACUGCAGUAACAGAUUAUUCUUUAAAUAACUGAAAUCGAGCACGAAAAUCGACAUCGUUAAAUUCUUUAAAAUAUGAUGAUUGUCUUUUUAUUUUUAUAUUUUUUGGACUUCGACUAAUCACGUUUGCAAAAUCUUUAUCAUCAAAUGGAAAUAAAGCUUUAAACCAGCUGUGAUGCAAUUGCAAUUAUUGCAAAGAACAGAUCUAUUUUAAUUAUUUUCAAUUUUGUCAGUCGCGCCUGAUGGCCAUGGGCAUGCGUAUAUAAGUGUUUUCGGAAUGAUAUGUUUACAAGUGCUCUUCUAACUUAAAAUAAUUUCGAAUUGUCAGUUUAAAAUAAAAAAAGUGAAUCGCGUAUAUCAUUUUAUAAUAUAAAGACAUUAUUAAAUAAGAUAUGUAGAUAGAUAUAUUCAAGUGAUUAUACGUUUUUGUAUUUUGCUAUCUUAACCUCUCAAUCAUAUGAGUAACGUGUACUUUAUUGGUUAGAAUAAAAAGUGAAUUUGUCAUGAAUGAAAACAUAUCUCUGGAAUAAUUAAUCGCAUAUUUGAUAAAAAGUAGUAAGAAGUGAAAGAAAGUAUCAAGUGUUUAAUGUGUAUCUUGCACUAUUCUAAAAAAUAAGAAACAUUUAAUCAGUCCAAAAAAUUAAUAUAGAAUAUAAACAAUUAAAUUGGGCACAAUGGAUCUACAUAAUCGUUAUUUGCGCUUCUCAACACUAGAUAUUUCGGCUUUGCAAACUGCAAGUGAUAAAGUCGAGAAUGUGUUUGUUAUGCUUCAUCGUUUAAUACGAGUUUACAAUUGUGAACUAAUUAAGGAAAAGUUGGAUAUGAGUAAACUCGAGAUUUGUCGAAUGCUGUUAUGUCACGAGUACCAAAUUGUAUUUAAUGAUGCCACUGAAAAGAAGGAUGAAAAGAGAUGCUCGAUACCUGAUGCAGAGAAGAUUUGUUUUCCUAGCAAUUUUUUCCCUAUUGAAGCAAUUUUUCCUGUGCAACAUUUGCGAAGUGCUUCAGAAAUCUUAGUCUUACGUGACACUUUCAUUCUGCAAAUGGUGCUCUACUGUGACGCUGAGUCAAUCAAACGACAUUUGCAAGAUUUUCUCAGCUCGAGCAGUGCAUAUACCACGAGCAGCGAUACCAGAAUUAUGUACAUGAAGAUACUGGAAUACUUUUUAGAAUCCUUGCACUUGCAUCAAUUUCUUCACAAGGAUACGAGUAACGAAGAAGAAUUGAAGAAUCUCAGUUCCAUAUACGUGGAGGUGAUAAAGUCUUGGAUGAAGGUGAAGGAAGAUGCUGAGUGGAGACUGUUUGCUUCAAUGUUUCCCAUAUUAACGAAGACUUUCCCACCGCAAUGUGUCUUGUUUCCACUGUGGGAUUACAUUCUGAAUGAGAUAAGUGAUUUGAAAGAGUCUCUCACCAGUUUAAGUAUUGUGGCAGACGUAUGUUUUACGUCGUCACACUCAAUGGAUUUAAUUUACAUACACCAUGAGAUCUAUAGUAAAAGCACAUUCUGGUUAUUGAUAUUGGAGGGAUUACGGUCGUCCUUGCAACAAUAUCGCAAGCAGGCUUUGUAUAUAAUGAAAAAAGCAAUUGAUUCGAUAGAUAAAGUUUGCAUAGAAAACUUGGGAUCAACGAAAGCUCCAAUUACUCCGUUUAUUUGUAAUAAAUCUGAUGAUAUGAAUUUGCCGGUUAAGCAGAAAUUCUUUCUGGUGUACGAAGCGCUAGAAGAGAAGCAAUACCAUUUGGUAGCGCCAGCUUUAACUCACGUAGCUAGCUUAGUAAAGGCAAACAGGGAGCACAAAUCCUGCAACGAGUGUUUUAACGUCGUAUGGUUGCAAUGCGUCUUCGAGAAAAUUUUGCAGCAUGAGAAUAAUAAUGUCGCAAAAUGGGGCGUAUACCAGGCUUGCAAACUAGAUGACAACGUGUUUAAUGAUAAGUUUCUUGAAUUAUUUGUGAGUAUUUUGAACAACACCUUUCUUUAUGAGUGUCAGCCUAAUGAAGAAUAUCCAGAGAUUGUGAAAGAACUUUCAGAGUUUCUUAAAUGUGCAGCGAAAGGAAAUUUGCUUAAUAAAUUUUUCGAUAAAGUUAGUCGAGCAGCCUGGGGCCCCGUGGCGAUAUUUUACGUAAUGCAUACGUUACGCACAAUUCCGUACGAGAAGAUCCAACACGGCAACUGGCAGGCAAACGAAUUGAACGCCGUUAAAUCUUUAGUGGAGACAAAUCUGAACAUGCACUCCCACGUGUUACGUACGGCCUCGCAAAUUGAGCUUUUAAGAGCAAUUCCCAAAUACGUGCAAAAGAUAGACAAUUUAGUGUUGCUCGCUAAUACCGUAGCUACGUUUCCUGCCGGUGAAGGUCUUGUUAGAGGGACAAUUCCUUGGAAUGAUAUCGCGAUGUGGUUGCAAAAAGUGUUAGCAAAAACAGACGCAAUAACUUUCGUGCAAGAUGUUUGUACAAAAUAUUUAACAUCUGAAGAUGUUUGUCAUCUGCAAAUAAAUCCCAGAACAUUUGCAUUAAUGAUAUAUCUGUUGUACGACGCUGAUCUUAUACUUUCCUCCAAAAUGUGUCCUACUAUGAAAGCAUUAAACAAUUGGCUGUUCAUUUUAAAUGCCAUUGACGUUAGACCUUAUGCUGAUAUGCACUCGAGCAUCAAUGUCGUGGAAUUUAUAUCGCAUUUGAUGAAUCUCUCCAAUAGAAGAGUAACCGAACCGCCCGACAUCGUGAUGUGUUUGAUGUCGUUAGACAUACACGUCAGUUUCAAAUUUUUAAUUAAGCAUAUGAAGAAGAUGACGACAAAUCUCACCUACGAAAAUUACACGAGAUACAUAAUUAUCAUUUCCACACAUAUCGCUAAUGCAAAUUUAUCCAUGCCACAGAAAGACGUAAUUAGUUACACAGAGAAAUUGCAAAGCGAAAGCAUACGUUUGCUGGAAAAUAUACAACAAGAUCAGAGUAUGCAAUACUUAUACGGACUACAUGUCUUGCACCUGACACAGGACAUAUUGGUUUCACCAGCCGCAAAAACGUUUUAUACAAAAUAUUUGUUAAAUGUACAGGCGAAUCUGACAAAUAUUAGUAAUGACGUCGAUGCGACAAAUUUGAAAGGAAAAAUUACAUCGGAGUAUUAUUUGCUUCUUUCGAAACUUAUGCGUCAAUAUCUUAUAAAUUCUCCAGUGCAUUCAUGGCUUUCUACUGCCAUGUUGUUAAAUAAUUUGCUGCAAUUUUUAGAGUUAGGGGGAACGGAAAUUAUUUCUGAGAUAGCAACGAUAUUGACUAUAAUAGUUGAUAAUAAAAUUAUAACCGGUGUAGAUGAUACAGAAACUUUAAAAAAUAUUUUCGCAUUGUGCUGGAGAUGUAUCUUUGCCAGUAAGAAAAAUAAUACCUUCUGGUUAGCGAUAGAAAAUCUUAUGGGAGUUAUUAUAAAUGACAACUUCUUCCUUUUGCCUAAUGUUGUAGACGUCACUGCAGAACACAUUGAUCAAUUAACGGAAGAAGGAGAUAAUAUACCAAGAUUUAAAAGGAUAAUACUUUCUAAAUUAAACGGAUUGAAUGAAUCUAAUUUAAUGCAUCUAGAAAAACCGUUAUUGAGUUGUCUUCUUCAUGGUCCUGUACUACGACGUGAUAAAAGAGUUGAAAAUCAUGCUCAUUUAUUUAUUGCUAAACAUUUAGCACAAUAUUAUCCUAAACAUAUUUUAGCAUUGAAUUAUAACAAUGAUGCUGCAGUUAGAGCACAGGCAACUGUAGUAUUGCACAGAAUAAUUAGUUAUCCGGAAUUAAAUUAUUUAAUAAAAAUUAUGUCGCUUAUACUGGAAAUACUUGAAAAAUACAAAAACAAAAGAUAUUUUAAUGAUUCUUACUUACACAAAUUGAAGCACAGGUUGAUGCAAAUUUUGUUGAUAUUAGAACCGAUUUUGAAUGAGGAGCUUGUUGUUCUACUGCAAGAAAAAUUAUGUGAUUUAAUUUUUUCCGAAAGCAAUCAACAUAGUGUAAGAUUGAUGCAAGAAUGGUUAAUGAUACGAAUACUUGCGAAAAAUACUAAUUUGCAUGACAAACUAUGGAAAUUUUUCGCAGAAAGCAUUGAAAAACGACCAGGAUGUACGAUCUCUGUGGCAAGUAUUAUCUAUCAUGUUGCGCGACUUCUUUCGAGUAACAGUCAACAAGUUUUUAUUCGAGCAGCCCUACCAUACAUAGCACAAUGUUGUCUAGGCCAACAAUAUAAUAUGCGUCUGUAUAACCAGUUUAUCCUGGUUCAAUUAUAUGAAUUAAUAAAAGCAGAUGGUGAUCACAUUAUCUCCGAAUACAAUGGAAUAUAUCAGGCAGCUGUAGCUAGCCUGCAACAAGGAAGUUUAACAAAAAAUUCAAUUAGGAUACAGGAUGAUUUUUACUUUUCCAGUUUUCAUGCAAUUAAUAAUUACAGCUUACAAACGAUUUUCUUUGAAUUACCACGAUUGACUAAUGUAAGCUGCGAUGAAUGGAUUACUCCAAACUUGUUCGAAGCAUUUACAUUUGAACGAAACAAUAAUCAUCCUCUACAGCUUUAUAAUAUCGAUUCAUUUCUAUCCGAGACUAAAGUUUCCAUAUAUCUCACAAAACCUCUUGCAGGUGAUACAGAUCCAUUGGCAAACAACAUUGAAACUUAUUUGGAAGGUUUGCACGAUAUCCAGAAAAAGAUCGAUCCAUCAAAAAUCACCGUUUCAUUAUACAAUGAAAUUUUCGAAGAGAUAAAAGAAUCGAUAUGUCAACAACAGUCACAAUUAUACGAAAAAAGUCUGAUAGUUGUAGCAUCUUUUGUUAGUCGACCACCAAAUUUAGGCGGAAUUGCCAGGACAUGUGAAAUAUUUGGAGUUAAAACAUUAGUUGUCGCUAAUCUGGAUUGUAUAAAAGAUAAGGAAUUUCAAUGCCUCAGUGUUUCUGCCGAAAAAUGGAUAAAUAUGUUACAGGUAAAACCGCACGAGUUACAGGAAUACUUGCUAGAAAAGAAAAAUGCGGGAUGGUCUUUAAUUGGUGUUGAACAAACAGCCAAUAGUGUAAAUCUCGUGGAAACAAAAUUCAUGGAGAAGACAGUUCUUGUCCUAGGAAAUGAGAAGGACGGUAUACCUGCCAAUUUCGUACCUUUAUUCGACGCAUGUGUGGAAAUACCCCAAGUAGGCGUUAUACGGUCGUUGAAUGUUCACGUUACCGCUGCAAUCUGCAUAUGGCAAUACGCGAGUCAACAUACAUUGAAAUAAUUAUUUGUUAAAGCAAGAUAUGAGAUAACGGUAAACAAUAAAUAUAAAUGAAUGUUCAACAAAAUGGCAAAACUUUAUUAUAAUAAAUAUAACGCAUUGAAAAUGGAAGUGUUCAAUUUAUAUUUGUGUAUUUGCGAGCUGGUCUAUAAUUAUACAUUGUUCUUUUUCUAUGUAAGAGAGACAUUAAAUACACAUUAUAUUUAUACAUCAUA